GCAGCAGCAGCCUUAGCCUUAGCCGCAGCCUCAGCCGCUCCGGAGCCGCCGGGAUGACCGCGUCCCGCCGACCCGUUUUCCGGCCCCGGCUUUUCUGACAGGAGGAGGGCCAGGCCUGAACUACGAGAGAGCACCGUCUCCCCGAGAUGAAAGAUGGUGAGUCCGUAGUGCCGCUUGGAAGAGAGUUGAAGAUUUUUUUAUUUUGGCGCGGGGAGGGGGCCCUGACAUCUGUGCUAGGAAAAGCAACAACCCGACAAGCAUGAAGCAGAAUGCUCUCCAACACAAACAGGAAGUUGCUCACCGGAUCCGUUGGCUCAAAAGAGUAGUGAUGUGAGAGAACUUCAGAAGUGAAUAUUUAAGAAGACUUCAGGCGAAGAUCACACUAGGGCUUUUCCAAGCUCCUCUUCGUACCGUAUUGGCAGGAUCAACGAGCACUGCUCCUUCGCAAUCAUGGUCCAGAAAUACCAGUCCCCCGUGAGGGUGUAUAAGCACCCUUUCGAGUUGAUUAUGGCGGCCUACGAGAGGAGGUUCCCCACGUGCCCUCUGAUCCCCAUGUUCGUGGACAGUGACACUGUGAAUGAAGUUAAGAGUGACGACGGGGCCAUCCAUGUCAUCGAGAGGCGCUGUAAACUGGACAUUGAUGCCCCCAGACUGCUCAAGAAGAUUGCGGGAGUCGAUUACGUUUACUUUGUCCAGAAAAACUCCUUGAAUCGCCGGGAGCGAACUUUGCACAUAGAAGCAUACAACGAAACCUUCUCCAACCGAGUCAUUAUUAACGAGCACUGUUGUUACACGGUUCAUCCAGACAACGAAGACUGGACCUGCUUUGAACAGUCUGCGAGUUUAGACAUCAAAUCUUUCUUCGGCUUUGAAAGCACCGUGGAAAAGAUUGCCAUGAAACAGUACACCAGCAACAUUAAAAAAGGAAAAGAAAUCAUUGAAUACUACCUGCGCCAGAUGGAGGAAGAAGGCAUAACGUUUAUUCCCCGCUGGACCCCCGCCCCUCUGACCGGUUCCUCUGAGAAGAGCAUGUCGUGCAUGCCGCGGCCCGUGUCUCCCGCCAUGAGCAUCCCGGACCCGCCCCUGAAGGAAGGGCCGACAAGUGAGAUGCUCAGCAGCUCCAACAGUCCCACUGAGCCUGCGGCGGGAACGCCAGAUGAUAAAUUGGAUGCGGAUUACAUCAAGAGAUACCUGGGGGACCUGACACCCCUGCAGGAAAGCUGUCUCAUCCGGCUCCGACAGUGGCUUCAGGAGACCCACAAGGGCAAGAUCCCAAAGGACGAGCACAUCCUGCGGUUCCUACGGGCCCGGGACUUCAACAUCGACAAAGCCAGGGAGUUCCUGUGCCAGUCUCUCACGUGGCGGAAGCAGCACCAGGUGGACUACCUCCUGGACACCUGGAACCCACCCCAGGUCCUCCAGGACUACUAUGCAGGAGGCUGGCACCAUCACGACAAAGACGGCCGCCCCCUGUACGUGCUCAGGCUGGGGCAGAUGGACACCAAAGGCUUAGUUCGAGCUCUCGGAGAGGAAGCCCUGCUGAGAUACGUGCUCUCUAUAAAUGAAGAAGGACUGAGGCGGUGCGAGGAGAACACUAAAGUGUUUGGCCGACCUAUCAGCUCGUGGACCUGCCUGGUGGAUCUGGAGGGGCUGAACAUGAGGCACCUGUGGCGCCCGGGUGUCAAGGCCCUGCUCAGGAUCAUCGAGGUGGUGGAGGCCAACUACCCCGAGACCCUGGGCCGCCUUCUCAUCCUCCGCGCCCCGAGAGUGUUUCCGGUCCUCUGGACCCUGGUCAGUCCUUUCAUCGAUGACAACACUAGGAAGAAGUUCCUCAUUUACGCGGGCAACGACUACCAGGGCCCCGGAGGCCUGCUGGACUACAUUGACAAAGAGAUCAUUCCGGACUUCCUGAGCGGAGAGUGCAUGUGUGAAGUCCCCGAGGGCGGGCUGGUGCCCAAGUCUCUGUACCGGACGGCGGAGGAAUUGGAGAACGAAGACCUGACGCUCUGGACGGAGACCAUCUAUCAGUGCGCGAGCGUUUUCAAAGGCGCACCCCACGAGAUCUUAAUUCAGAUCGUGGAAGCCACCUCCGUCAUCACUUGGGAUUUUGACGUGUGCAAAGGGGACAUUGUCUUUAACAUCUACCACUCCAAGAGGUCCCCGCAGGCCCCGAAGAAGGACUCCCUGGGAGCUCACAGCAUCACGUCGCCGGGCGGGAACAACGUGCAGCUGAUUGACAAAGUGUGGCAGCUGGGGCGGGACUACAGCAUGGUCGAAUCCCCUCUGAUCUGCAAGGAAGGGGAGAGCGUGCAGGGCUCACACGUCACCCGCUGGCCCGGCUUCUACAUCCUGCAAUGGAAGUUCCACAGCAUGCCCGCCUGCGCCGCCACCAACCUGCCCCGUGUGGACGACGUGCUGGCUUCUCUCCAGGUCUCCUCCCACAAGUGCAAGGUCAUGUACUACACGGAGGUCAUCGGCUCCGAGGACUUCAGGGGCUCCAUGACCAGCUUGGAAUCAAGCCACAGCGGUUUCUCCCAGCUCAGCGCCGCCACCACUUCGUCCAGCCAGUCCCACUCCAGUUCCAUGAUUUCCAGGUAGUGCCGCCGCCAGGUGCCCGGCGGGACCUCCUCGGAGACGCCCCCCAGCCCGGCAGCGGGACUGGCAGUGACUCUGGCCCGGAAUAAGGCCCUCUAGCUAAGCCCCGCCUGCCUGCCGGCCGGAGCUUAAAUGGGGCGGUCAGUCCCGAGGCCUGACUCUGAGGACAGGUGGUCCUCACCCGCCC